AUGGUUCUAGCAAUGGUUUUUGAGAGUCAAAACAGGUUUACAGAUGCGAAACAACUUUAUGAAAAAGCAGUUAAUAUUAAGAAACAAACUGGUGAAAAAAUUGGAGAAGCAAAUGCCUGCGAAAGAUUUGGAAUUAUGUAUUACACACUUGGCGAAAAACUAAAAGCAAAGGAGUAUGUUGAGAGAGCCCUUACCAUAAGAACCGAAAUUGGCGACAGAAGAGGAGAAGCAUCCUGUUACGGAAACCAAGGACCUUUACUUUGGUCGCUCGGGGAAUCAUGGGACAAGGCAAAAGAGUAUCUCCACAAAGCGCUUGUCAUCAGAACGGAAAUUGGCGACAGGAAAGGAGAGGCAGCUGACUACGAAAACCUAGGUAAUAUGUUUUAUUGGCUCGGGCAAUACGACAAUGCUAAAGAGUAUUUCCAAAAGCGCUCGUCAUCAAAGCUAAGAUUGGCGACAGGAAAGGAGAGGCAUCGUGUUAUAGAAACCUUGGUAAUGUGUUCGCGUUUCUCGAAAAAUACGACAAGGCUAAAGAAUAUCUCCAAAAAUCCCUUGUCAUCAUAACUGAAAUUGGCGACAAAGAAGGAGAAGCAGCUAACUACGGAAACCUAGGUACUGUGUUUAAGUUACUCAAGCAAUACGACAGUGCUAAAGAGUAUCUCCAAAAAGCGCUUGUCAUCAGAACUGAGAUUGGCGACAGAAAAGGAGAAGCAGCUGACUAUGGAAACCUUGGUGUUGUGUUUCAUUCGCUCGGGCAAUACGACAAGGCCAAAGAGUAUCUCCAAAAGCGUUUGUCAUCAGAACUGAAAUUGGCGACAGAAAAGGAGAGGCAGCUGACUACGAAAACGUAGGUACUGGGUUUAUGUCGCUCGAGCAAUACGACAAUGCUAAAGAGUAUCUCCAAAAAGCGCUUGUCAUCAGAACUGAGAUUGGCGACAGAAAAGGAGAAGCAGCUGACUAUGGAAACCUUGGUGUUGUGUUUCAUUCGUUCGGGCAAUACGACAAGGCCAAAGAGUAUCUCCAAAGAGCGCUUGUCAUCAGAACGGAAAUUGGCGACAGGAAAGGAAAGGCAGCUGACUACGAAAACCUAGGUACUGUGUUUAUGUCGCUCGAGCAAUACGACAAUGCUAAAGAGUAUCUCCAAAAAGCGCUUGUCAUCAAAGCUGAGACUGGCGACAGGAAAGGGAGGCAUCAUGUUAUAGUAAAUUUGGUAAUGUGUUUGAGUAUCUCGGGCAAUACGACAAGGCUAAAGAGUAUAUCCAAAAAUCCCUUGUCAUCAGAACUGAGAUUGGCGACAAAAAAGGAGAAGCAGCUGACUACGGAAACCUUGGUACUGUGUUUAAGUCGCACUGGCAAUACGACAAGGCUAAAGAGUAUUUCCAAAAAUCCCUUGUCAUCAGAACUGAGAUUGGCGACAGAAGAGGAGAAGCAGCUGACUACAAAAACCUAGCUACUGUGUUUCAUUCGCUCGGGCAAUACGACAAUGCUAAAGAGUGUCUCCAAAAAUCCCUUGUAAUCAGAACUGAAAUUGGCGACAGAAAAGGAGAAGCAGCUGACUACGGAUACCUCGGUGUUGUGUUUUAUUCGCUCGGGCAAUACGACAAUGCUAAAGAGUAUCUCCAAAAGCGCUUGUCAUCAGUACUGAGAUUGGCGACAGAAAAAGGAGAAGCAGCUGACUACGGAAACCUAGCAACUGUGUUUCAUUCGCUCGGGCAAUACAACAAUGCUACAAAGUAUCUCCAAAAAGCGCUUGUCAUCAGAACUGAAAUUGGCGACAGAAAAGGAGAAGCAGCUAACUACGAAAGCCUAGGUACUGUGUUUCAUUCGCUAGGGCGAUACGACAAUGCUAAAGAGUAUCUCCAAAAAUCCCUUGUCAUCAGAACUGAGAUUGGCGACAGAAAGGGAGAGGCAUCAUGUCAUGGAAACCUAGGUACUAUGUUUAAGUCACUCGGACGAUACGACAAUGCCAAAGAGUAUCUUAAAAAGCCCUUGUCAUUAGAACUGAAAUUGGCGACAGAGAAGGAGAGGCAGCUGACUAUGGAAACCUAGGUACUGUGUUUUAUUCGCUCGGGCAAUACGACAAGGCCAUAGAGUAUUUCCAAAAAUCCCUUGCCAUCAGAACUGAGAUUGGCGACAGAAAAGGAGAAGCAGCUGACUACGCAAACCUAGCUACUGUGUUUCAUUCCCUUAGGCAAUACGACAACGCUAAAGAGUAUCUCCAUAAAGCGCUUGCAAUCAGAACUGAAAUAGGCGACAGAAAAGGAGAAGCAACUUACUACGAAAACCUAGGUACAGUGUUUAUGUCGCUCAGGCAAUACGACAAGGCCAAAGAGUAUCUCCAAAAUGCGCUUGUCAUCAGAACUGAGAUUGGCGACAGAAAGGGAGAGGCAUUAUGUAAUGGAAAGCUAGGUACUGUGCUUAAGUCGCUCGGACGAUACGACAAUGCCAAAGAGUAUCUCCAAAAAGCACUUGUCAUCAGAACUGAGAUUGGCGACAGAAGAGGAGAAGCAGCUGACUACGGAAACCUAGGUACUGUGUUUUAUUCGCUUGGGCAAUACGACAAUGCUAAAGAGUAUUUUGAAAAAGCCCUUGUUAUUAGAACUGAAAUUGGCGACAGGGUAGGAGAAGCAGAUGACUACAGAAGCCUAGGUACUGUAUUCAUAUCGCUCGGGCAAUACGACAAGGCUAAAGAGUAUUUCCAAAAAUCCCUCGUCAUCAAAACUGAGAUUGGCGACAGAAACGGAGAGGCAGUAUCUAAUGGAAUCCUAGGUUAUUUGUUAACGGUGCUCGGGCAAUACGACAAUGCUGAAGCGUAUCUCCAAAAAGCCGUUGUCAUCAGAACUGAAAUUGGUGACAGAAAAGGAGAAGCAGCUAACUACGAAAGCAUAGGUACUGUGUUUCAUUCGCUCGGGCAAUACGACAAUGCUAAAGAGUACCUCCAAAAAGCCCUUGUCAUCAGAACUGAAACUGGUGAUAGAAAAGAAGAAGCAAUUGACUACCUAAUCCUAGGUACUGUGUUUUAUUCACUCGGGCAAUACGACAAUUUCAAAGAGUAUCUCCAAAAAGCUCUUGUCAUCAAAACCGAGAUUGGCGACAAAAAGGGAGAGGCAUUUUGUUAUGAAACCCUAGCUAAUGUGUUCAUGUCGCACGGGCAAUACGAGAAGGCUAAAGAGUAUCUCGAGAAAGCCCUCGUCAAUACAACUGAAACUGGCGACAGACACGGAGAGGCAUCAUGUUAUGAAAACCUUGGUAAUGUGUUUAAGUCUCUCGGGUAAUACGACGAGGCUAAAGAGUAUCUAAAAAAAACGCUUGUCAUUAGAACUGAAAUUGGCGACAGAAACGGAGAGGCAUCAUGUUAUGGAAACCUUGGUAAUGUGUUCAAGUGUCUCGGGCAAUACGACAAGGCUAAAGAGUAUAUCCAAAAAGCGCUUGUCAUCAAAACUGAGAUUGGAGACAAAAAAGGAGAGGCAUCAAGCUAUAAAAACCUAGGUGCUGUGUUUAAGUCGCUCGGGCAAUACGACAAGGCGAAAGAGUGUCUUGAAAAGGCACUGUUCAUCAAAACAGAAAUUGGCGACAGGGAAGGAGAGGCAUCAUGUUAUGGAACCCAAGCUACUGUGCUUAUGUCGCAAGGGCAAUACGACAAGGCAAAAGAGUAUCUCCAAAGAGCCCUUGUCAUUAGAACUGAAAUUGGCGACAGGGAAGGAGAGGCCGUUAACUACAGUAACCUAGGUACCGUGUGUAUCUCGCUCGGGCAAUACCACAAUGCUAAAGAAUAUCUCCAAAAAGCGCUAGUCAUCAACACUGAAAUUGGCAACAGAGAAGGGGAAGCAUCAUGUUAUGGAAACCUAGGUUCUGUGUUUAAUUUGAUCGGGCAAAAGGACGAUGCUAAGAAGUAUCUCCAAAAAGCGCUUGUCAUCAGAACUGAGAUUGGCGACCGAGGAGGAGAAGCAGCCGACUACGGAAACCUAGGUACUUUGUUUAUGUCGCUCGGGCAAUACAACGAGGCUAUAGAGUAUUUCCAAAAAGCGCUUGUCAUCAGAACUGAGAUUGGCGAAAGAAAAGGAGAGGCAACUGACUACGAAAACCUAGGUGCUGUGUUUGAGUCGCUCGGGCAACAUGACAAAGCUAAAGAGUAUUUCCAAAAAGCGCUUGUCAUCAGAACUGAAAUUGGCGACAGAGAAGGAGAGGCAAGUGUCUACGGAAACCUAGGUACUACGUUUCUGUCGCUUAGGCUAUACGACGAUGCUAAAGAGUAUCUCCAGAAAGCGCUUGCUAUCAGAAUUGAAAUUGGCGACAGGAAAGGAGAAGCAUCUGACUACGGAAACCUUGGAACUGUGUUUGGGUUUCUCGAGCAGUGCGAGAAGGCUGUAGAAUAUUUCCAGAAAGCGCUUAACAUCAGAACUGAAAUUGGUGAUAGACAAGGGGAAGCAGCAGAUCUUGCAAAUCUUGGAAUUAUAUCCAGAACUGUUGGAGAUUAUGAAGCUUCAGAAGUAUACUUGGAGAAAGCCUUAUCUAUAUCCAGAGAUAUUGGAAAUAGAAGAAAAGUGUUCGAAAUUCUUCAAGAAUGCGCUAUUUUGUAUUUAUUUCAAAAGAAAAUCAAAGACGCCUUUUCGUGUCUUCAUCUGUGCAUUGAAAAGUACGAUGAGCUUAGAUCUUUCUUGGGUGCCAAUGAUCAGUUCAAAACUUCAUUUCUGGAAAACUCAGGAAUAUUUCCCUACAAACUGCUUUGUACUUUGCUUUGUGGCACCGGAAAAACUCGUGAUGCUCUUUAUGUUGAGGAGUUGGGUCGAGCUAGAGGUCUAUCAGACUUGAUGGCAGAGAAGUACUUGGUUACAACGCAUAUUUCUGCUAAUCCACAAUCUUGGUUUGGCAUUGAAAGCAUUUUUAGAAAGGAAAGUAACUGUACUUGUCUGUACAUUUCUUAUUUUCACAAUCAUCUGAGUUUGUGGAUCUUGAAAACAAGUGGAGUCCUUCACUAUAAAAGAAUAUCACUUGAAGAGAUUCUAGUUCAGGCUGGGUUGCCCAAAGACAAGCCUCUGAGUGAAUUUUUGGCUGAUAACUUCCGGAGUCUUGGUAUUUUGCCCAUUGAAGAUUGUGAAGAUCGGUCUUUAAACAUGGUUGAAUUGCAACCUCUCUCUCCCCAACAAAAAAGCUCAGCAAGAUUGCGGCUUGUGGAGGAGGACGAGGACGAGGACGAGGACGAGGACGAGGACGAGGACGAGGACGAGGACGAGAAAGUCAUUUCAAGUCUUUCUUUGUGUUAUAAAAUGUUUAUUGCCCCCGUUUAUGAUUUGCUUGAGGAGCCUGAAGUCAUUAUUGUUCCUGACCGCAGGUUGUACAAAGUGCCCUUUGCUGCCCUGAGUGAAAAGGAGGGAGCCGAAUACCUGUCGGAGACUCAUAGGAUCCGUGUCAUUCCUUCUUUGACGACGCUCAAGAUCAUUCAAGAUAGUCCAGAGGACUAUCACAUCAACACUGGUGCCUUGAUAAUAGGCAAUCCCAAGGUGGAUUGGCUGCCGCAAUUGCCAGGUGCAAGAAAGGAAGCGGAGAUGGUCGGACGACUUAUGGGUGUUCCGCCGCUGGUAGACGAGAACGCAACGAAGCAGGCGGUCCUAAAGCGGAUAAGUUCAGUGAGCCUGAUUCAUUUUGCUGCCCAUGGUGACGCUGAAAGGGGAAAAAUUGCCCUCUCCCCCAUUCCUACUGCCAACAGUCGAAACGCUUUUCCACCACAGGAAGCCUACAUGUUGACGAUGGCUGAUGUCUCGCGAGUGAAAGUCAGAGCUAAACUUGUGGUACUUAGCUGCUGUCACAGUGGAAGUGGAGAGAUAAGAGCCGAGGGAGUUAUAGGAAUUGCCCGUGCGUUCUUAGGAUCCGGUGCUCGCUCGGUGUUGGUUGCACUGUGGGCCAUUUCAGACUCAGCAACAGAGCACCUGAUGAGUCGGUUCUACGAACACCUUGUUAAAGGAGAAAGUGCUAGUGAAUCCCUUCAUCAGGCCAUGAAGUGGAUGAGGAAAAACCGCCUUACCAAUGUGUCUGAGUGGGCUUCGUUUACGCUGAUUGGGGAUGAUGUGAGGCUCGAGUUUGACGAGCAGAGGUAAGACUCGGUGAGAACAUGUAUUUCAUAAAUUAAAGUUAAAUUACGUGUGAAGGUGGCUACGACUUACUGGUCGCUGACUGUCGGCGGGGAUCCUUUGAUACCUUCAACAUCAAGGCUAGUCUAAUGUUUUUCACUAUUUUACAGGAAAAAGGACCCCGACAGAGUAAAUAGUGAGGAUUGCUCAAAGGAAACAGAGCAAAAAGACUUUUAGAUGCAUAAAUUGAAUAGAAACAAGUAGAGAAAAUACUCUAUCCGGUAUUUCAAUGAAUUUAAAAAAAGAGCUAUCCCAAAUUAAGGGAUCGAGAGCUAUUUCACUUUUUUGUGCUUUCUGUUCCAAUAUUCUCAGAAGGAUAAAUUGGUUAAGUACUCAGAGUGUUUUUUUUUUAACGCAAAAUUUAUAUUUCUGGUAUAAUAGGCAAGAAACAAUGUUAACGUACGUAAGGCUUUUAAGUAAAGCGAAAUCAGUGAAGUUAAAGCAGUAGUUUAGGUAUAAAACGAACCAUUAAAAUUUGGUUUGAUUUUUUUUCUAAGCCUUUUGUAAGGUUUAGUUAUCACAACCUUCAAUAUUUGUGGAAAGAUUUUGAUGUAGCAUCUUAAAGGAUCCUUGUCAACCACACUUCUGUUUUUGUUAACAUACGUGCAACUGCGUAGAAAUUCGUUCAUAUUAACUCAACGCCUGGCAGAAGUCGUGCCGGCCCGUAAACAGUUUUUACGUGGCGUAAAGAAAGGAUUCGCAGAAGUAGAAGCGUUACGCAUCCUAAAAACAAAUCCGACGCGCUCCACAUUUAAUAAAUAACGCACAUUGCUUAAAAAUACGACUAAAGAAGGGAAAGAGGAUACCUGACGAAGUUCUGGAGAAAUACAUGUCUGGAGUUGUCUGCUACAGUAGAGAAGGGUCACUUAAAACAAAGAAAACAGCACACAGAAGGAAAUGUUGUCUUUUGCAUUUCAAUAUCACCCGGCUUUACCUAACCUCAAGAAAAUAUUGAUGGGGAAAUGGCGCCUCAUUUAAAAAUUACAUUGGGAAAAGAUCAUCAAAAUGUAUCCUGAUCUAAACUAAUCUAUGACGACAGAAGUUUAAAAUCGCUUGCAGAUGCCAGGAAUGUCACACAGGCUCGUCAAUACUUUAACUUUUUAACUGGUCAUUUGCUUCUUAUGAUAUGCAUCCUGCGCGAAGCUUGUCCACGCUUUGAUGCAGAAAAAUAUCUGCAAAUUGGCCAUUAGUUAGAUCUCUGAUGCUAGGAAUAUCUUUCCUGUCAUUCCACAGGUUGAAAUUUUUAGUCUGCUCCGAGGCUCUAGGCCUUCCAUGUGAAGGAACGCGAGAUACCAUCGAUGGUUUUUUGUUUUGAAAAUUCCUCGAAUUUAAAUGGCAUAGAAAAUGGCGGAUUAAGCGCGCAAUGUCCUGUGGUUGACUAGGACCCUUAACAGAAACCCUAUCUAUGGUCAGUUACUUGAGAGAUCGAAAAUAGUUUGGACUGGGACAAUUGCAUUCAAGGAC